AUGGUGGAGUCUACUUUGAUAUAUAGAUACGACGGUAUGGAACCAUCUUUCAAACUACAGUUCAAGAAGCUCCAAAAGGGCUGAUACUAACUCAUGAACCAUUUUUUUUUUAUUUUUUGUUUAGCCUUGCCGUUGUGUGGAUCGGUCGAUGAUGAUAAUGACAAUUCGCAGUCGUUAUUGGAACAAAAGAAGAAAUGCAAGAUCUUGAUUAGCAGGAUGACCCCAAACUCCGAGCCACAAGCCACCAUUGAGUCGGGAGACUACAACAUUCAUUAUCUAAUAUCUCAGAACAUCGUGUACAUUUGCAUUUGCAAGAAAUCGUAUCCGAGGAAAUUGGCGUUUUCGUACCUAAGCGAAGUUGCAAGCGAGUUCUACAACAGUCAUGGCCAUGAUGCUUUGGCGCCCACGGCAAGACCGUUUGGGUUUUCGUCAUUUGACAAUUUCCUCAACAAGACGAAAAAGAUAUAUCAAGACCAAAGAGCUCAGUCGAACUUGGACAAAUUGAAUAAUGACCUCGCCGACGUCAAAAAAGUCAUGACAAAGAACAUUGAAGAUUUGUUGUAUAGAGGUGAUUCCUUGGACAAGAUGAGUGACUUGUCGAGUUCCUUGAAACAGGACUCGCUCAAAUACCGAAGAAGAGCUCAGAGAAUCAAUUUAGAGGCUUUGAUUAAACAGUAUAUACCAUUCAUCGGGGUGGGAUUUAUCUUUUUAUUCAUUUGCUGGUAUUACUGGAGAAGGUGA